AUGGAGGGACUUGAAAAAGCAGGCGAUCACAAAACGAUCGAACAUGUCAAGUCAGAUACUCUCGCCGAAAUCGAUCGCUCCGCCGAGAAGCGUCUCCUCUGGAAGCUCGAUAUCCAUGUCGUUCCUAUCCUUAUGUUCCUCUUUCUCCUCGCUUUCCUCGACCGAAUCAAUAUCGGCAAUGCUCGACUGCAGGGUCUCGAGAAGGACUUGAACAUGAAGAAUCAUGACUAUAACCUUGCGUUGUUCAUUUUCUUUAUCCCGUAUAUUCUCCUCGAGGUUCCGAGUAACUUGUUGUUGAAGAAGAUUGCGCCGUCGUGGUGGAUUAGCGGGAUUAUGUUUGUAUGGGGUAUCAUUACCAUCUGCCAGGGACUCACUCAGAGUUUUCGAGGACUGGUUGCGUGUCGGUUCCUGCUGGGGGUUUUCGAAGCUGGAUUUAUGCCGGGAUGCAUCUAUAUCAUUGCGAUGUACUAUAAGCGCCAUGAGCUGCAGUGGCGCUUGAAUGUGUUCUUCAGUGCCAGCAUUCUAGCUGGCGCAGUUAGCGGAUUCCUGGCUUACGCCAUUGCGAAGAUGGACGGAGUCGCAGGAUAUAGCGGAUGGCGCUGGAUCUUCAUCAUUGAAGGCCUUGUCACUGUGGUCACUGCCGUCAUCUCCAAAUUCCUCAUUGUGGACUGGCCCGAGAAAUCACGUUUCUUGACCGAUCAAGAGCGUGCACUGCUGCUUACUCGGCUCGAGGGAGAUCGAGGAGAAGCCCGUAUGGACCGACUAGAUCGUGCAGCCAGGGGACGAGUUGUCCGCGAUAUCAAGAUCUACCUUGGUCCGCUGAUGUAUUUCGGCAUUGUAAACACUGGAUAUGCCACUUCUUUCUUCACUCCGACCAUCCUGAAGCAAUUAGGCUGGACUUCGAUGCGCGCUCAGGUCAUGAGUAUUCCCAUCUAUCUCGUGGCAACCGUCAUUGCCCUGGUCACUGCCUUCGUCAGCGAUCGACUCCGCCACCGGUUUGCCUUUACGAUAUGCGGAUGUCUCAUUGCAACAGUCGGCUACGCGAUCCUCAUCUGUCAGCAAUCAGUCCCCGUCGGAGCCCGGUACUUCGCCCUGUAUGCGAUUACUGGAGGCGGCUACAUGACACAGCCAAUCUUAAUGGGCUGGCUCAGUAACAACAUGGCUGGUCACUAUAAACAAUCGAUUGCCUCGGCGAUGCAGAUCGGUUUCGGAAAUUGUGGUGGCUUGGUGGCUAGUAACAUCUUCUUUGACUCGGAGGCCCCGACGUAUCACACCGGGUUUGGCGUGAGUCUGGGGAUGGUUUGGAUCUGUGGAUUUGCCUGUACAUUCUUCUUUGCUUGGCUUGUGCGAGAGAAUCGUCUGAGAGAUGCCGGGAAGAGAAAUCACCGGUAUGAGUGGUCUCAGGAGGAGCUGAGCAAUCUGGGCGAUGAUCAUCCGAGUUUCAGAUUCACGUACUAG